AUGACAGCCCUUCCUCAUGCUGUCGAUGCGGAAACGCCACUUAAACCUUCGGAACUGCAGGUUCUGAGGAACCAGUACGAGAAGGAAGGUGAUAUGGUCGGUGUGCAGACAAAAUUCAACUAUGCAUGGGGCCUUGUGAAAUCCAACUCCCGAAAUGACCAGCAAACUGGUGUGCGCCUGCUCUCCGAGAUCUUCCGGGUCUCGCCCGAGCGUCGUCGCGAAUGUCUAUACUACUUGGCUCUGGGCAACUACAAGCUGGGCAACUAUGCCGACGCCAGGCGGUACAACGACUUACUUCUCGACAAGGAGCCCAUGAACAUGCAAGCGGCGGACUUGAGGCGACUAAUCGACGACAAGGUCGCCAAGGAAGGACUUAUGGGUGUUGCGAUCAUCUCGGGCGUCGCCAUUGCCGCGGGUGUCGUUGGGGGUAUUCUCUUCAGGGGACGGAGGAGAUGA